CCUUGACGCGCGUGCGCACAAAUCCUAACCUGUAUUUCAUCUGUCAGAUUGAUGUUUGUAUUGAUUUAAUUGGAUGUUUUCGCAAUAUAUUAAUUUAGAAAAGUGCAAAGUAUGGCAAAUUCGAAGAACGAGCUGGAUGCUGAAAUCGAAAAUGUCAGGGUAUUUAUCAGGGUGCGCCCUUUAAGCAAAAAAGAACAGGCUGAAGGUUAUUCGAAUAUUGUUUUACUGGAUACUAAGGAAAAUCUGAUUGUUUUGAAGAAGAAUGGGGAGAACACGAAGCCCUUUAAGUUUGAUCAGAUAUUCAGCGAGAAUUCUGUUCAGUUGGAUUUAUAUCGUAUGAUAGCAUACCCUAUAGUGGAGAAAGCUUUGCAAGGUUACAAUGGCACUAUAUUUGCUUAUGGGCAAACAGGUACAGGAAAAACAUUUACAAUGGCUGGAAAUCACUUGAAACCUGAAGUUAGAGGGAUCAUCCCAAAUACCUUUUCCCACAUAUUUGGGCAGAUUUCAAGGGCUAGUGGGGAAAAGUCUUUUGUAGUUACAGUAACAUACUUGGAGAUAUACAAUGAAGAAGUAAGGGAUUUAUUGUCGAAUGAUCCAAAUAAAAAGUUAGCUAUUAGAGAGAGAACUGAUGUGGGUGUAUAUGUUAAAGACUUAAUGGGUUUUACAGUCGAUUCCAUUGAGGCUAUUACCGAAUUACUUAAUAGGGGUAACAAAAAUAGAGUUACCAGAUCAACUUUAAUGAAUGAUGUCAGUUCCAGAUCACAUGCCAUUUUUACUAUAUGUAUUGAAUCUAAGAAUAGAAUUGACAACAAAACUAUUAUAGGAAAAUUGAAUCUAGUCGAUUUAGCUGGUUCUGAAAGAGCCAGUCGUACACAAGCAACUGGGGAGAGGCUCAGGGAAGCAAGCAAUAUUAAUUUAUCAUUAUCAGUGUUGGGAAAUGUUAUUUCGGCAUUGGUUGAUGGAAAGUCUAGUCAUAUACCUUAUAGGAAUUCAAAAUUGACAAGGUUAUUACAGGAUUCCCUGGGAGGAAAUUCGAAAACAGCCAUGAUUGCAAUGUUAAGUCCUGCUGACGUGGAUUAUGAGGAAAGUAUUUGUACUCUGCGCUAUGCAGCGAGAGUAAAACACAUCCAAAAUCAUGCGAGAAUUAAUGUGGAGCAAAAAGGUCUCAUUGAAGGUUUUGAGCAAGAAAUAGCCGUUUUACAGCAAAAGGUUCUGCUGCUUAAUCUUCAAGAGCAACAAAAGGAGGCCAGGCAAAGGAAGAAGGAAAAAGACAAGGUUACGUCUGAAGCGAAACAGAAAGAAAUCAAGAAGUGUGAGGAGGAACUACAAAAAACUGAGAAAGAGAAGGGCGAUCUUAUGUCAAAGAUAUCAAUGAUACAAAAGAGAAUUCUGGUUGGUGGCGAAAACCUCUUUGAAAAAGCCCAACUACAAGUUUGUCUAUUGGAAUCUUCUGGUGUGGAAUUGGAAAAUCUUGACAAAGCCCACAGAGAACUUGAAGAAACGCUCAAUAAAAAAGCAGCAGAAAAAAUCGACGUUGAAGAAAAAUAUUCAUCGCUUCAGGAAGAAGAUUUAGCUUUAAAUAAGAAAAUUAAGAAAAUACAGUCACUUUUGAACGAAGUAAGGGAAGAAUAUGCUGAUAAAGAACAUGAAUACCAAAGAGAAAUAGAGGCGCUACUUGAUAACCAUAGAUUAUUAGUCAAAGAAACACAACUUGCCAAUUUAAUGAUUGACAAGUAUAUUCCGUUGGAAUAUUUUAAAAAAAUUGAGGCCAAUUUAAUAUGGAAUAGCGAGACUCAGGAAUACCAAAUGAGAGGGGUAGCCUAUACAGGAAACAAUAUGAAAAAACGACAAAUGGGCAACAUUGAAAUAUCGGCUCCGGUAAAAUUCGAAAUGAAAAAUAUUUACCACAAAUACCCCGACAAGAAAAAGGAAAGAAAAUUAAUGUAUGAUAAAAGAACAAUAUCGGCACCAAAAGCGCAUUAACUUAAUUUAAAUGAAGUAUUAAAUAUAUAUAAAGCUUAUUUUACACAAAAAGCUAAUUAUAAAAUGUUGUGAUUAUUGUAGAUUUUAUUAUUUAUUUUUAUUUGUUGUCUAUACAAUUUUUAGUUGUACAUUUUUAAAGCACAAAUAAAUAGUAAUAUA